AUGUCAGGCAUUGCCAAAGAAAUAGCGGUAAUAAAGCAGACGAUCGGAGAGCUGAAGUCAACCGUUGAAUCACACAUCAGACUCCCCAGAACUGGGCGCAAAGACGCCAAACACUUCCGGGGUGGCGAACCUUCUCGGGAGGAACCGAAGUGGGCGUCCACCAUAAGACUUCUCUUGGACAAAUGCUCAACUAGUAUUCAUAAUGUUGAGGAAAGGCUUCAAAAACAUCCCGGCCUAUACGAUGGCGACGAAUCCAACAGUCAGCCGUCUCCUGAGGAGAAUCGUCCGGAAUUGGUUGAAGAGCAUCAUUCAGUUCAGAACAACAGCGGCCAUGUUCCCACCACUCUGGCUACUAAUGAUGGUCAGACACUACAAACCUUUCUAGGUCCGGUCGAUACUCCCGUUGCAGCAAAAGGUACCAGAUCUUGUCAGUUCUCCAGCUUCAUUCCUUACAGCAUUGAGGAUGGUGUCGUUGUUCUCGCUCCCUCCAGCUCUCAAUAUCGUGACAUACCGUUGCUACUCUCGGAGGCUCAAAAACUGGGGGCUCGUGAAACAGGAGUCUUUAAAUACCGACUGCCCAAUGAUCUUGACUUAGCUACCCCGGCUGUCAGCAAUGAUAUCAUGAAGGUGUCGAGAUUCUCUCCUUAUUUUGAUUCCAAGGGGCUUCAACGCAUAUCCAGAACCGAGCAAAUGGAGACACUCAAGGCCGGUAAUCUCGAGGCACAACCUGCAGAGCCAGCCAAACUAGCCGAGAUUUUGGAACAGCGCCUUAUGGAUCCUGAAACCAUGAGUAGAAUACGUUACUGUACAGAUAUUCCUGCGCGAACAGCAGAGGACCGCCGUCGCCUUGGCUUGCCUAAGGAGUCGCCGAUUUGGCCUGUGAAGGAUAACCAGUUGGAGCGAACCAGAGAACAAACCCCCGGCGUCCACUGGCCAUACGGGUAUAUUGCCAGUGAGUACGGCUCGUUCUUCGCCACUCACAUUGAGGACGGGAUUUUGGUGUCCCUCAACGCUAUGCACAGCGGUUCAGCGACAUUAUGGAACGUGGUAGCCCCGAGUGACGGCUAUCUUAUCGAAGAUCAAGUCACAGGAACAUGCGCACAGAAGGUACGCCACGCGUCUCUUUGGAUGCGCCAUUCGGAUCUAGAAGCCAUAGGGGCUUCGUUUGUCUCAUUUGUCCAACGUCCGAAAGAGGUGGUGGUGGUGUGGGGAGAUGCCUACCACGGAGGUGGCACUGCUGGGCCCAAAGUCGCUGAAGCCGUCAACUAUGCCCCUCCCAAUUGGAGCAUCAAUGGCUAUGCUGAAUGUGGCUCGGAAUGCGAUGGCUUUCCUAUUCCGAACGCGUCGCUCGAGUUCCGCGAUGCGGACACCCCACAACGCGAGCAAUGGGAAGAUCUUGCACAAAGCAACCAACCGAUAACAUCAUCGAGACGCCAACAUGCCGUUACGCGCACCAGGGAGCCCGCGGCAAAGCCUGCGGUUGAUGGUGGCCUGCCAAAAAGGUCCCAGAAUGACCCAACCCUGUUAGAAAGGCGGCCAAAGCGGGUCUGCGUGGCGCCGUCUGCAACAGUCGCUCAUGGCGAUCUUUCCAGGCGCCUUAUUUCACACUUGGUGGAGGCCAUACACAGCAGAGACGCAAUCCUACAAUUCGUAGAGAUUAUCCGCGGUCGCCGCCUAAUUGAUCCUACAGUGUUGCGAACAAACCAAAAGGAUGGUGGGGAUUCGAUUCUAAACGCCCUCCACAAAGCAUCGAACAAGACAAAGUAUCAUCAAUUUCUAACUCGCUUGUUUCAAGCUCGCCUUGCUCAGGAUGCAACGAAGUACAUGGGAAGCCGGCAUCGACUUGCUAAAGGUAAGAUUGAAAAGAUUCUCCACGGCACAGGAAUGAGCUCCCGUCAGUAUUCCCACCAUAGAGACCGGGGCCGAGGGUGGCAAAGGUACCAGGAGGUUUUACCGGGUAUCCUAGGUUUUCUUCUGUUUCAACCCCAUUCUUUUCAGUUUUCCUCAGAAGACUGGAUUUCUCUGUCAAAAGAUGAACUCAUCGCCCUGAAAGACCAACUCAAUCCAGAACGCAUCGCCACGCUGUGUACUGCAGGAAAUCUAUUGGAGAAAUCACUGCUGGAACAUUCCGCCGAUGACGUCGAUUAUAUGUGGGAAAACACGAGCGUACCCGUGGACAAACUCUCUGACAAAGAUUUGCUCGCUUCUCUGAGAAUGUUUCCGUCAACGGACGUGAACAUAUAUGACAAAGAUGCGUACCCAAAAUGGCCGAAGCCUAACCGUUGGCCCACCGACGUAUAUUGGCCGUGCGACGACCCGACUUCGGUGUCUCCGUCUGCCAGAACACAGUGUGAACUGUGUAACGAAAGUCAAUGUGGAUGUACCAACAUUAGUCUCGAAACACCGCCGCGAAUUCGGAUGUACGAGGGCAAAGGCCGAGGGUUGCAAGCUGUUGCCAGGGACGCAGGUCAGGUCGCCUACAAGAAAGGGGAUCUUCUCGGAAAAUUCACGGGGGUUCUUACGCCUCCGAAGGCAUGCCGCAAUGGAAGAUGUAUUGAGGUUUUGAGGCAUGAUCUCGAUGAGACAAAGCCCGUGCAUGUAGCACUUAUCAACAGUGAGGAUAGAGGGAACAUCUUUCGGCUGAUGAAUUGUGAUUGUGAGCCCACGGUUGAAGUGUCGGGAAUGGUCAUUUCUGGUAGGUUUGAGCUAGUGGUCCGGGCCCGGAGCGAUAUCCGCGAUGGGCAAGAACUGACCUUUAACUACGGUCGAGGCUACUGGGGGGAAAAGCCAUGUCCCUGCCCGAAAUGCACACUUCGAAAGUCACGUGAUCAUAACUACUUUGAUGUAGUUAUGAGCACGUGAUCGUGAGCUUUGAACACAACCGCGAAAUGCUUGGAAAAUAUUUCCGGGAACUGUGCAAGAGUAUAGCGUUAUGAGCCAGCAUACGCAGCUUACAGAGGGCCUUGCUGCUGCCUAGUUCGAAGACCUCAGUUGAACAGAAGGCGUCGGGAUCCUUAGAGU